UUUCUUUUAAAUUUUCAGACGAAAGUGUGAACAAAUUUUCUGGAACCAGAGAAAGGGACAACGAAACUCGGCACCGCGUCGCGGAACGAGUCAAUCCUGAGUCGGCGCCACACUCGUCGAUCUCUACAAUCUCCGUCGUCUCGUCAUCAAUAUAUCUCUUAUCGUGAGUUAAAUGCAAAAAAAAAAAAAAAUUGAAAAAGGGGAAGAAGAAGAAUAUUGAUUAACGAUUUUUUUCAAAUUUGAUUGAUAUUAAAAGGGAAUGUUUACGUAAUAUAUAUUUGUUUGAUUUUGGUAGGAUUCGCUUCGAUUUUGGGAGAUUUUCUGUGGGUUUUGCUGUUGUUUUAAAUAUUUUGUUUUAUUUUUUUUAUUUUUUCAAAAUUUAGUGAUGUUGGAUUUUCGGAAAGGUGCGGAAUUUGAGGGUUAAGGUUUUUGCAAGGUUAGGGUUAGGGUUUUUGGAGGGGUGGUGGGUUGGUGAUGGAUAAAAACUCCGAGCUUGAAGGAGAAGCUUGCUUUCACGAAGAUGAAGGCUACAAUAUUCACCUCGAUACCGCCUUAUCUUACAUUGAUGAGAAGAUUAAAAACGUUUUGGGCCAUUUUCAAAAAUAUUUUAAAGGUGAAGUUUCUGCAGAAAAUUUGGGGGCAAAAUUUGGUGGAUAUGGCUCUUUUUUGCCUACCUAUGAACGUUCUCCUCCAAGAUUAUCACAUUCGGAGACACCACAGAGAAACUCCCCUGCCAACAAUUUCUCUAUGGAGGGUGCAUCUCAGAAUUUGGAAGCUCCUCUAAAUGGCCCCUCAACUGGGAGACCAAGGAACAUUUCCUGCCCAAGUAGCAAUAUUGCAGCUAAACAUGAUAUGCUUUUGACUUCUGCUAUAGUUGCUGAGAAGUCUUCCUUGAAGGAUGAAAGUUUCAAAAGAGCAGAGAUUCCAAGUGAUCAGAAGACAUUGAAGGUUCGAAUUAAAAUGGGGUCUGAUAAAAAAGAACAAAAAGUUGCUGCAAUCUAUAGUGGUCUUGGGCUUGAUUUUUCUCCAUCUUCGUCAUUGGGGAACAGUCCUGAUGACAGUGGAGGAACAUUAAAGAUAUCUCAAGAAACCGCUAGAGAAACACCCUCUAGCAUUCUUCAGGUUAUGACUUCCAAUCAUGUCCCUGGUGGUGUGCUCAUAUCUCCUCUUUAUGACAACCUGCUAUGCUUAUUAAGAAAGGAAAAGGAAAGACCUUCUAGAGAAAAUAAAUCCAUCCCAUUGUUCAAGGCAUGUGAAAAACAUCCUUCCGUGUUAGUAGAUGAGUCCGUUUUGGGUAAUAGAAAACAACUAAAUGAGAAGAAAACAAAUUUUUUAAUCGGGAAAAAUGAAGAGCUGGUGGAAUCAAAGAAUAGAAAUCGCAUGAAUGUUGAGAGUGAGAAGACAUUGUUCGUAAAAAAGAAGCAUGAAACUGAGACUGCAGGAGGGGAGUCAUUUCCCAAUGACUUGAAACACACAGCUCCAACUGGCUCAGUGAAUAUUGCUGUGGAAGCCAGCACCAGGGUCUGUGAUGUCUCUGCAGAAGCUAAUCAUAAAGCAUUGAGGGGUGGAUUGUUUUCCUCUGACUCUGCAAAAGAGGAUGCUUUGGAGUCAAUAUCUGGAAGGAGCAGAUCGAGUGGCAAGAGAAAGAAGCGGGAUAAGCUGAGUAGUUUAGAUGAAAAGGAUUGGGAACAAAGUGUAGAUAAUUCCAAUAAGAAUGCUUCACUUGACCUUGGGGACAAUGUUGGGAGCAAAUGCUACCAAAACUCUGCUCCUUCUAAACUUGAGGAAGAUUCAAAAACAAAGGUUGGUCAGGUAGCCACAUCUCGUGUACAAAAUAAAUUAAGUAUUCCCUCCAAGAAGGAAAAGACAUUGUUCGAGGGAAAGAAGUCAAAAGGUAGCAAAAAUAAUGGAGAAGUUGCUGAUUCGUUGAAGGAAAGCUUGAAACAUAGUGUGGUUGUGACCCUUGAAGAUACCACUAGUUCUAUUCAAGGUUUUUCUUCAGGUAAAGAAAAGAUUCAGAAAUUGAAGUUACAGAAGGGUAUUAAUAAGGUCCAAGAUAAUCAUAGAGAUGAACUGGAAACAAAUUUCGAACAGAAAAGUGGCCAAAUGGAGCCAACAAUGUCACAUUUUCAGAAUAGGCCAAAAGAUUAUUGUCCAAUGGAUUUUGAGACGGAGCAUACCGGCUAUUUGGAUAAAUCAAAGGUAAAAUUUUGUGGAAGGAUGGUUGAUAACCAGCUGUCUGGAGUGGAUGCUCCAGAUGUGGUUCCUCACCUCACUGAUAAGAGACUUGCCACUCAGACAGCCGCACCAGCUGCAACUGCUCCUGUAGUCAUAGAAGAAAAUUGGGUUCAAUGUGAUCGUUGUCACAAGUGGCGACUAUUACCUUUUGAUACUAGACCAGAACAACUCCCUGAGAAGUGGUUGUGUAGUAUGCUUAACUGGCUGCCAAGAAUGAAUCGGUGUGACAUUAGUGAGGAUGACACAACAAAAGCUCUCAAUGCAUUAUACCAGGUUCCAGUUGCUGAGAAUCAAAAUAACUCACAAAAUCUUGCCAACAGAAGUGUGUCAUUAGUCACUUCAGCUCAGCCUCAGCAUCUUGAUCAAAACAACUCUAGUUUCAAUUCUCAGGCCUUUUCUGUUCAAGGAAAGAGGAACCAUGGUCUUAAGGAAGUGCUGAAAGAAGGUAGCAGUGGCCUGAAUCAGAUGUCAAACUCUAGAAAAAAACAACAGAAGGAAUCUUUGAAAAGUAAGAGUCUAAAUGGCAUGACUCAGGCUCCUGUUGAAUCCAUUGUCAUGAAGAAAUCCACCUAUGAAGAGAAAGAAAGGCUUCUAGUUGGAGGUGAGACCAAGAAAACAAAGAUGAAAAACAAGAGGGAGUCUGGUCCUUAUGCAUAUGAAGGGUCAAAGAAAAGCAAAGCAGAAAUAGAAUACACUACCGAUAGACAUCACAGUUCUAACUUAGAUCACAGAAGGGUGGGCCUUAAUUCAAGCACUAGCUUGCCAACUCAAGCAAAUGGAAGCAGCGUGCAGAAUAACAAUGGGGGCUCUAAUUCUGGGGAUGUAAAACAUGAUAUUAAAGAAAAAUCAGUAGCUUCUGUGAAGAAACUCGUGGAUCAAACUCGGGCCUCAUCAGACGGCAGGUCAUUAGACAUGAGAAUAUGUGAUAAAAGGGCUCCUGUCAAGAAAAGGAAAUUGGAGGACUGGCAGGACAGUCAAAUUGGGAAUGAGUCAUGCAUGAAGGAAGAAAGUAGUGGGAGUGGCUUUAGGGAUGAAAAGAAGUUACGGUUUUCUAAGAUUGAGGGGAAGCAAUCCAAUAGAAAUGAUGGUGAUGGUACACCUAACAGGAAAAGUAUGGAUCACUUGGUUGGUGGAAUUGAAGUCCGAUGUAUUGAUAGGAACCAGAAAUUAAGUAAGCACAAGAAAAAGUCCUCGUCUCAAAAAGAAUUGGAUAGCCUUGAUUCAUUGAAAAGGGAUUCCGGAACUGGACAAAUUUCGGCACCGGCAACUUCUAGUUCUUCAAAGGUUUCCGGUUCGCGUAAAACCCGAGCAACUUUUGAAGAAGCAAGGGGUUCGCCGGUUGAAUCAGUGUCUUCAUCUCCAAUGAGGACCUCAUAUCCGGAAAAACUUGCAUCAACUGCUGGUUCAGGAAAGGAUGCUGCAAAUAGUGGCAUUCCUUCAAGUGGCAAUCUUAGAAGAUGUUGGAAUGGGAAAGGUACUUUUGAGCUUGCUCAAUCUUGUACAGAAAUGGAAGAGAAUAUGUCAGGUGAUUUUAACCCUGGAUUCCAUAAAUCUUCUACCUUGGAUUAUCGGGAUAAAGAUUCUAUUUGCAAAAUCAGCAUUAGAAGUAAACCUUCUUCUAGGUUGGGGAAUAGCCAUGUGCUCAAUGGUGAUUCUCAUUCUGCUGAGAAUGUGCAGCAUACUAUUGAAAGUUCCCAUAAUGAGGAUAUACUGAACAAGGAGUGCGGUGGCAAUGCAUUAUUUUCUCAUAAAUCUAAGAAGGCUUCUACUUCACAGAAAAAAUACAAUAAAAGAAUUUCUGCUGCAGAUAAGAUGAAAUGUAGCGAGGAUGAGAAGAACUAUUCUGGAAGGAGGAAUCCUUCAGGAAAACCAUCAAGUGAUAGUAGAAUGGAGACCCAAUUGGAUACAAAGCAUGAUGAAGUUGAUGUAAAAUCUGCUGCUCCAUGCAGCAAAAAGGGGAACAAUGCCCCUGAGAAAAAUGUGAUCCAGGAUUCUAGUGGUAAAUCUAAAGUAAUACUAGCAGAGGUAAGAAGUGGAAUGCCAAAAUCAUCCUUGCGUUCUGAAACUGAAAGUUGGCAAGAGAAGAAAGGUCAUCGAACAGUACCUGAAGCAGAACUUGGGGUUCCAGUUAAUGGCUCUUCCAGCAUUGAUCCGUUGAAGGCUUUAAAACACCCUGCAAAACCCAACAGCAAGAAUGCUUGCAGUCCUGUUAGAGAAAAUUCCUCCAGCCUGACAGUAACAAAUGCCCUGAAUGAUGCUAAUGGACUUAGAAAUUAUGCUGACCGUCUUAAGGGUUCUGGUUUUGUUUUUGAAAGCAAUGAGAUUUACUUCCAAGCUGCUCUUAAGUUUCUUGGUGUUGCUGCCCUUCUAGGGAUCAGCAAUAGUGAGAACGGUAGACAUGGAGACAUGAACCAAAUGCAAGUGUACAGCACUGCCACUAAACUUUGCGAAAUGUGUGCCCAAGAAUAUGAAAAGGUCAAAUUGGCUGCAGCUGCUUUGGCCUAUAAAUGCGUGGAGGUAGCGUACAUGAGGGUUGUUUACUGCAAACAAUCUUCUAGCAGCAGAGACCUGAAAGAGUUGCAGGCAACUCUACAGAUGGUCCCUCAAGGUGAAUCUCCAUCAUCUUGUGUAUCGGAUGUUGAUAAUAACUUAAAUAAUCAAGCAAUUGUGGACAAGGCUCCAUUAGCCGGGGGUAAUGUUUCACAUGUCGCUGGAACCCAUGUUGUCGUCGCUAGAAACCGCCCUAGUUUUGGCCGGCUAAUUGACUUUACACAGGAUGCAAGUUUUGCAAUGGAGGCCAUGAGAAAAUCCCAAACAUGUUUCAUAGCUGCUACUUCAUCCCUGGAAGAGGAAGUCGCACUAGAUUUCGAGUGGAUUGCUUCUGUUAAAAAGGUGAUUGAUUUCAGCUUUCAAGAUGUAGAUGAAUUUAUAUCUUUGGUUCAGCAGGCUACGCAGGCCGUAGGUCGUUCUGGUUAGGUAGUGCUACAGCUUAAUCUACCCCUGUAUAUAAUAGUGUUUUUUUGGAUUAUAACCCCAAUGUGCGUAUUUGAGAAGAAAGGUGAAAAUGAUGCCUACUUAAACCUACAUUCGGAAACAAGUGAAGACGCCAGUCGCCAACAACCUAUUGCCUCAGUGUACGUGUAUAUAAAGUGAGAUGUAUUUGCAAAUUUACAAUGUAUAUUUUUGUUCACCUUCUUCUCAUUGAUAAGACGGUACGUGAUGCUCGCCUUUAAGUUUUCCGGGUUGGCAAAGAGGGAAAAUUCGAGCUUGUUCAGUUAGAGAUUCGGAGGUCUGUGUAAGAUAACGGUCACGUAUAGUACUAUUUUUUUCGUUCCAUUGUUUCGAGGCCCGA